AUGGAGACACCCCACUCUUCAAUGGACCAGUUGCUGCCACAAGCCUCGGCUUUCUGGGUCCACAUUGUGAACAGCUACUCGCCCCAGAAAAUCGAGUUCGUGGGCACACUGUUGGUCCAAGUCUUAGCAUUCUGGAUACCAUCCCUGUGCUACCUAUUCCUGGACGUAAUUGCGCCGUCCUUCUCAGAGCGUCACAAGAUCCAACCGGCGCCCAAGCAACCGACACGGCGCGAGAUACUUCGCUGCUUCCGCGUUGUGGCACAGAACCAAAUCUUAUCUUCUGUGCUCCAUAUAGGACUACUAUACGUAUCCAGCCAAGCUGGCACAACGUCCUCGUACCGUGUCGAAGCAACAUUUCCAAGCACACUUGAGCUCGCGCGCGACGUCGUCCUCAGCCUGUUAAUGCGCGAGGCGUUGUUCUAUUACAGCCAUCGACUGCUACAUAUCCCAUACCUCUACGUUCGCAUCCACAAGAAGCAUCACCGUUUCACGGCACCCAUCGCCCUCGCGGCUCAAUUUGCGCACCCGCUCGAACAAAUCUUCGCCAAUGCAUUGCCCAUCUCCCUACCACCACAAUUGCUCCACAGCCAUAUCCUGACAUUUUGGAUAUUCCUAGCAUGGGAGCUCUUCAAUACCGUCACCGUACACAGUGGGUACGAUUUCUUUCACAACAAAGCCAAGAUGCACGACCUGCACCACGAGAAGUUCAAUUUAAACUACGGGUCCGUAGGACUCCUGGACUGGGCACAUGGAACAAAUAAAUUGGAGAAGCGACGCACUGAUUAA